AUGGUAAAUUCGAGGAAGUUUCGAGGUGUCCGACAGCGACAAUGGGGUUCUUGGGUCUCUGAGAUUCGCCAUCCUCUAUUGAAGAGAAGAGUGUGGCUUGGAACAUUCGAAACGGCAGAAGCGGCGGCGAGAGCUUACGACCAAGCGGCUCUACUAAUGAACGGCCAAAACGCCAAGACCAAUUUCCCUGUCGUCAAAUCAGAAGAAGGCUCCGAUCACAUUCACGACGUUAACUCUCCGUUAAUGUCACCAAAGUCAUUAUCUGAGCUCUUGAACGCUAAGCUAAGGAAAAGCUGCAAAGACCUGACCCCGUCGCUUACGUGUCUCCGUCUAGACACCGAUAGUUCUCACAUUGGAGUCUGGCAAAAACGGGCCGGGUCGAAAACGAGUCCUACAUGGGUCAUGCGGCUCGAACUAGGGAACAUAGUCAACGAAAGUGUAGAUGAAUUGGGGAUUAAUACGACGAAGAAACCAAACGUUGAGAAAGAAGAAGAAGAAACUAAUGAUGAUGAUGAGAAUCAAUUGGCUAUGGAGAUGAUCGAGGAGUUGUUGAAUUGGAGUUGA